UUUACAAAUGAAGAAUUUGUCUAUAAACAUUUCUAUUGAAACUUAACUUUUGGUGAGCGUACAAAGACAUAAUGUUUGGUAUACAUAUCGGUAAUACAAAUGCUUCAAUCGCUUAUUGUAAAGAGAAUGGGGAAGUAUCACUAAUAACCAAUGAAAGUGGAGAUAGACAGACAUCCACUAUAGUGACUUUUACAGAUGAAGGUAUUAUUACAUUUGGAGAUACAGCCCAAAAAGAUAUGUCUAAAACAAUCACACACAAUAAAUCUGCAAUGGCCAGUCAGAAUCUGAAUGGUGAUACUUUCCACAAUCAAGUUGAAACUCGAAUGGAAAAUAAUAUAUUCAGUUAUUGCAUCCCUCAAAAGGGAAACAUACAAUAUGUAACACCACAAGACAUCAUGGUGUUAAUUUUAAAACAGUUGUUGGCCUCAGCAAAAAGUGCUUUGGGUGUAAAGAAUGAUUGUUUUAAUUGUGUGCUGUUGAUGCCAGAAAGUUUCCCAGAAGAAUACUGCAAAAAUUACAAAACUGCGGCAGAAGAAGCAGGGUGGAAAGUAAUACAGGUGAUUAAUGAAGCAUCUGCAGCUGUUCUUGCCUACUCACUAUUGGAUUACGAAGACAAGCUCAGUGAAACUAUCAUAGUUUACCGUCUGGGGGGAACUACUUGUGAAAUAACAGGUAGUGAAAUUUCCAAAGGGAUGGUAACAAUUAUUGGUUCAACAUACAAAGAAGACAUCGGUGGAAAUCUUUUUACCGACGUGCUUGCAAACUACUUGGCUGACCAAUUUGUCAAGAAGUACAAGCUUGAUCCAAGGGAGAGAAGAAGAUCUUUUGAAAAACUCAAACUUGAAGCAAAGAAUUGUGUUAACAUUUUGUCCAAUCUACCGACAGUGACCUGUUUGAUAGAAUCACUACAUGAAGGGUUAGAUUUAUCUGUUAACUUGUCACGAGCACGGUUUGAAUUGAUAAUCAAGCCAACCCUGGAAAGAUGUAUAGAACCACUGAGAGUAUUUAUUAAAGAGUUUGAAUUAAACGGAUCAAUUGACAAAGUGGUCCUAUGUGGUGGAGGUGUAAACGUACCUAGUCUUAAACACGCUGUUUCCUCACUUUUUGAUGGAACUACAACUGAAGUCUUAGCUCAUUGCAAUUCAGAAGAAGUUCUAGCAAAAGGAGGUGCAAAACAAGCUUAUUACUUAAGCCAAGCCAAAUAUGAUUACAGUGAAAUGUUACCAAGAUCCAUGGAUGUAGGCCAACCAGUUGAGGUAGAAAAUGCAGAAUUAGUUUAUGAUGUUUACUAGUAAUUUACUAAUAAUGUAGUCCUCACAACAUUGACUAGAUCAUUUUGUUCAAUCUAAGUGAUAAAAAA